UUUCUUUUUCUUUAUAUAGAAGAAUCCAAACUCAAAGUGAAGUGCUGAGCCGGACCUACUUCACCAUGAGUUCUGAAAAUGAAGCGUCUAUCCCAAACAACGUCCUGAAUGGCGUGACACCAAGUUGCAACAUACAGAGCAAGGAUAUGUCCCCAUUAAGUGUGCGCUCAGUUUCUGCUGUCACAAUAAUUCCUCUGAAGACAAUGCCAGACUAUCCAGACCUUGUGCCAGCUACAGAUGUGGACUCGGCUAAAGUUUGUACAGGGAAAGGUGCAGUGACUCUCCGGAGCUCCCCGGGACCCGGAGAGAUACAAAAGAGCAGAUCAACGCUGGAUAUUGAACUGUCACUGAGUGGCCUUCCAGCUGACAGAGAAGCAGAUGACAGACCUCCCUCUGUAGCUGAAUCUAAUGGGGAUUCCUCGCACCCAGCGGUCGCUGUCAAAGGAUUCCGGAGUGUGCGCCCUAACCUACCGUCUGAGACCAAACUCCAGAAGACUCUCCCUCCCCCGAUCCCCCCUCCCCCCAAAGAAGAGAGCUUUGCAUGGCGCCCACAUACUAACACUAAACUCUCUUACCUGAAACCUGUGCCCAUUCUGGACUGUAUUUACCUGAGUGCCCCUAAGCCUUACUCACGGUAUGCCACCUGCCAGGAGCCCUCCACUGGUCACACUGAUGUCCCUGUUCCCCCCAGUAGCAUAUCACUAAAGCCCUGUGUGUCUGGUAGCUCAGAUGCUGGAACAAAUUUCAGUCACGAGACUCCUGUGGAUAAAAAGGUCAGCAAUCUAUAUGUAGCUUGUUUAUCUAACAGCACUGCGGCGGCUGCUUGUGAACAUUCCACCAGUUCUGCACAUGAUAAAACACAGGGGGCUCAGUUAGUCACUGAUGUCACUAAAUCACCAGCCACAGACAUUGUCACUGGAAAUUCCCCACCUCCAGUCCCUCCCCGGCCAUUCUUUCACCCUGACCCAAGUAAAGACUCAAUUAGGUCCGGUGACACAGAUACUCUCUGGAGUCAGUAUCCUCUCCAUCAAGAUACGAGGUGCACAGCAGAGCCAGAUACAGCACAACCCGAGGGCCAAGCCAGCAUGACGGCAAAGGAGAAUUACUUUACACCCAACCAAAACCAUCGGUUCAGGGCUCAGGGACCCAGAGGCAUGGAUGGCAGCACAUCUCAGCCUGAGGUUAUUGUAGUACCUCUCAUCCAGGUUAAGACUGAACGAGAGCAAGGGAUCACAUCCAGCACACCACCUCCACCUCUCGUGCCCGUGGGCAAACUGUCCCCAGAACCUGAUACUGCCCCCCUGGCUUUUCCUACACUUGAUGAUUUUAUACCCCCUCAUCUGCAAAAGGGAUCAGUCCCUACCCAGAGCUGUCACAAUUCCAGUGAGCCAGCAAGCCCACCACCACCCCAGCUGCUUCCUCCAGUAACGGAGAGUUCACAAGGCACCUCAGCACCUGAGAACGGUGGAGUCAUAUUGCACACAGAUCCAGGUGCAAAGGAGACGAUUUCAUCCAACCUAAGUAAUGACAAACUCUCCUCGUUGGCACCAGCGGGCAAAUAUUCAGUGUAUCCCUCAACCACAACAGUUAAUCCCACAAUUGUUCUGUUGCAGCACAACAGAGAACUGCAAAAACGGCUUAGUAACUUGUCAGAUCCAGUAUUAGACAGACCUGUUGAAGACAAAUCACUAUCAGUAACUUUAAGGGAGCAGAGAUGUCCAGAUAAGGUCCAGCCAGAUAAAGCACCAAUGGAUUAUAUAAGGCGAGAUGGGAGGGUCCCAAAUUAUACAGGCGAUGCAGUGCUGGAAGAAAUAGGAAUUCCACUCAGGAACACAGAGAGAUCAAAGGAUUGGUACAAAACUAUGUUCAAGCAGAUCCACAAACUGCAGAGAGAGUCUCCUGAUGACAACCCGUACACUCCUACAUAUAAAUUCCCAGAGCACACCGAGCCCCAGGCUAAAACUGAAGAACGCAACCCUUACAUUCCCACCUACAUGUUUCCUGACUGUACUCCCAGCCCUAGCUCAGAAGACGAAGAUUCAGACUCAUACCCGUAUUAUGCACGACAUUCCUACUCCGAGGACGCUAAACCACAGGCCCACGUGCCUCGUUCUAAAAGUGAGACCAAUAAUCUAGACACCGAGUCUAAUGUCCGCAGAUCAGUCACAUUACCGCUGCCGACACGCUCCUCCUCGCUCAAGCCCAGCCAUGAAAGGAAUGACUGGGAUCCUCCGGACAAGAAGGUGGAAACGAGGAAGUACAGAGCUGAACCAAGAAGCAUACAUGAAUACCAGCCAGGGAAGUCGUCCGCCCUCGCUAGUGAGAAGAUGACUCGGAAUAAAAGUCCAGAAGAGAUAGAUAUAAAGAAUGAACCUUGGUAUAAAUUCUUUUCGGAGUUGGAAUUUGGGAAACCGCCUCCAAAAAAGAUAUGGGAUUAUACUCCAGGGGAUUGCUCUAUCCUUAAAGUAGAGGACAGGAAGCAGACGGACCUAGAGAAAGAGCUGUGUCACUACGAGUAUGAGUUAGCAGCAGAUAUAGAGCGGAUGGACAAGGCUUAUAAAGUGCCCGACAAAAGGAGUGCAGCUAUGAGCCAGAACAACGACUUUCCUUCCUACUCAUACACCCACAACAGCCAGGAGGGAGGCAUGGAGGUGUCAGAUACUGAGAAUGAGAGACAGAUCUAUAAAAAUGUACUUGAGGGGGGAGACAUCCCCAUACAGGGCCUGAGCAGUAUUAACCGACGCCCGUCCAGCUCUGCUUCCAACAAAGAAACUUUUAGAGGAUCAGAGAAGACUUAAGCGUGAGCAAGAAGAGGCUGAUAUUGCAGCUAGACGGCACACUGGUAUUGUCCCAUCACAUCACCAAUUUAUCACUAACGAGCGGUUUGGGGACCUCCUUAAUGUAGACGAUUCAACGAAGAGGAGAUCUCGGUCUGAGAUGAGACAAGCUAAAGCCAGAUUUGACUUUAAAGCACAGAGUUUGAAGGAGCUGCCUUUACAAAAAGGAGACCUGGUCUAUAUUUACAAACAAAUAGAUCAGAACUGGUACGAAGGCGAGCACCAUGGGAGGGUGGGAAUCUUUCCCAUCUCAUAUAUUGAGAUGCUUCCACAACCUGAGAAAAUCCAGCCAAGGACAGUGUCACCAGUGCAUGUUCUGGAGUAUGGAGAUGCAGUUGCCAAGUUCAACUUCAAUGGAGAUACAGCUGUGGAAAUGUCAUUUAGAAAGGGAGAACAAAUUACAUUAAUCAGGAGAGUUGAUGAAAACUGGUAUGAAGGGAAAAUCUUGGGUACCCACCGCCAGGGGAUAUUUCCCGUAACCUACAUAGAUGUCAUCAAGAGGCCUCACCUAAAACAUUCUGCAGACUAUAUUGAUUUGCAGGCUUCACAUUCUCCUAUCAGAAGUAUGAGCUCUUCCCCACAGUCUCCUGGUUAUUGCAGAGCACAUGCUACCACUCCACCCCUUGCUAUACGCAGAGCGUUCUCUCCAGAGGUGCAGGCUAUCACAUCUGAAUGGAUUUCUCUCACCAUGGGGGUUUCUCAUAGUAGCACCCCCACUGCAACCCCCCCAAUUCCCCCAUUGCCUGAGGCCAGGCUAUAUACCAUAGAGUAUAUAACACCCUCUGCAGCUGCCAGCCCUACAUUAUCUGUAACACCUUCAGUCAGUCUCCAUUACUGUAAUCUAUCCGGCAGUUCAACCCCAAACUCUGCCAUUUCCCCUUUACCAACAUAUCCAUCCAGGCCACAAUCUUCCACUCGAGUAAGUUAUGUUAUUUCUCCACAUAGCGAGGAGAGGAAUGGUGGGUCGGCUUCCAGUUAUGGGAGCUCCCCUGUGCAGCUUCUGGCCCAACAUGACCACAUAAUAUCAGAGCUCAAUGAUGUUUUACGGAGAAAUUACAAGGCCAAGUGUGAUGCACACUCUGUAAAAAAUGGUGAGCAUGAUGACUGGAGCGCAGCUGGUCAUACAGUUAAAAAGUCCCAGACACCAACCCUUGUAGAUCUAGACACAAAGCCAACAUCUGGUUUAUUGGAGGGAAUCCAGUUAUGUAAAGAUCUCAGCAGUGCCUCCAAGACCAGAGACACAUUUCCGCUCUCUGCAUCUAUCUAUCCCUCUGCCCUGUCCUCUUGUGCUGUUACAAAACAACCACCUACAAGAAUUAGAGACAGGGUCCUAGUGCCGCAGCCCUGCAGAUCAGAAGGUGAACAAACAGGACUGGCGUCUAAAAGUCCCGUAAUGAUCUCAGACUCCCCGGUUAAUACCUUGAACUCAAAUUCUAUUGUGCACCCUCAACCUACACUGGGCACAGGACCAGAGCUCACAGAGUGUGAGAGGAGCUACGUGCAACCUCAAGCGCAACAGAGAAAGCAAAGCUUAGAGAGGAGUCAGACGCCACACGAUACCUAUCAGGCUCUGUUCAGCUAUCAGCCACAGAAUGACGAUGAGCUGGAACUUACAGAAGGGGACAUUAUAGACGUUAUGGAGAAGUGCGAUGAUGGCUGGUUUGUUGGUACAUCAAGGAGAACAAAAUUAUUUGGUACUUUUCCGGGCAAUUAUGUCAAACUGAUCUACUAGUAGCAGAAGGCGCCCUGGUAACAGGCAAAGUGACCAUGAUAAACCCAUAUUGGAAAAGUGUUUUGGUUUUGCGCUAAAUAUGACGAUGAGCUCAGCGCUCUGCAGUACGUCUCCAUGUUUCAGUAUUCAGUGUAAGAAGCUAUCCUGGGCGCAGUGAAGAAUAAUACAUGUAAAUCCUAUUCCUAAUAACCAGUUUCCUUUUCAUUCUAAUUCUACAACUGUUUUAUGAAUUAGUUUAUCAGAUAGCUAAAGUAUUUGAUUCAUAAAUAGAUUGAGAAUUGAGGAUGAAAAUGAUCAUUGGUUAUUUUCCUGUUACAUUUGCAUUUUCGUAUUUAAUUGACAAUGUAUAAUGGCAAUGGCCUAGUGAUUUGUUAAACAGGAGCAGGGAGGUGACAAUUGGGUGCUGUGGACUCACAAAAGGAUUGUUCCUCACUCAUAUAUAGAAAACAUGAAAAUGUGUAUCUUUAUAGAAUGUACAAUAAAGGGCAUUGGGUUCGAUGUAAAAUACUAAAAAACAUCAUACACUUUCACAUCAGAUACACAGCAGAAUUGCUCAUGUAAUCGCCAACCCUCAUGUGUUUAUUCUCCUGAAUCUUAUUUACUAAGUGUGGGGAGUUAUUGGGGCUGUUGGGAAAGUCUUGUACUCCAUAAGCACCAAAAGUGCUACUGUGUGAGAAGGAGUUGUUGUGAUGGCAAUAAAGGUUACCUUCUCCUCUGCCUCAUUACCCCGAAAGGCUGGAGAGAAGGAAGAUGGCAGGUUCAGGGACUGAGGAAGGAGGAGACAUGAGUAGGGGAGUGAGAUGUUAGGGAGGUAGGGGGUGGGUGAGGUUGUGGGUGGGCAUGAGGAGAGAUGGGGGUUAGGAAGGAAAUUGGGGGUGUCAGUUUAGACAACCAAAGUAGAGCAAAAUACAGCUGUAGAUAGAGGCAAAGAAAUUUUGUGGUUCAUAGGUAGGAAGUGAACAUCACACCUCCUGUAGUAUGUGAAUUGUUACUGAUCUGGUGACCAAAGAGAAAAGUGAACAUCACACCUCCUGUAGUAUAUAGACUAUUACUGAUCUGGUGACCAAAGAGAAAAGUAAACAUCACACCUCCUGUAGUAUAUAAACUGUUACUGAUCUGGUGACCACAGAGAGAAGUAAACAUCACACCUCCUGUAGUAUAUAAACUGUUACUGAUCUGGUGACCACAGAGAGAAGUAAACAUCACACCUCCCGUAGUAUAUAGACUAUUACUGAUCUGGUGACCACAGAGAGAAGUAAACAUCACACCUCCUGUAGUAUAUAGACUAUUACUGGUCUGGUGACCACAGAGAGAAGUAAACAUCACACCUCCUGUAGUAUAUAGACUAUUACUGGUCUGGUGACCACAGAGAGGAGAAGUAAACAUCACACCUCCUGUAGUAUAUAGACUAUUACUGUUCUGGUGACCACAGAGAGGAGAAGUAAACAUCACACCUCCUGUAGUAUAUAGACUAUUACUGAUCUGGUGACCACAGAGAGAAGUAAACAUCACACCUCCUGUAGUAUAUAGACUAUUACUGAUCUGGUGACCACAGAGAGAAGUAAACAUCACACCUCCUGUAGUAUAUAGACUAUUACUGAUCUGGUGACCACAGAGAGAAGUAAACAUCACACCUCCUGUAGUAUAUAGACUAUUACUGGUCUGGUGACCACAGAGAGGAGAAGUAAACAUCACACCUCCUGUAGUAUAUAGACUAUUACUAAUCUGGUGACCACAGAGAGAAGUAAACAUCACACCUCCUGUAGUAUAUAGACUAUUACUAAUCUGGUGACCACAGAGAGAAGUAAACAUCACACCUCCUGUAGUAUAUAGACUAUUACUGAUCUAGUGACCACAGAGAGGAGAAGUAAACAUCACACCUCCUGUAGUAUAUAGACUAUUACUGGUCUGGUGACCACAGAGAGGAGAAGUAAACAUCACACCUCCUGUAGUAUAUAGACUGUUACUGAUCUGGUGACCACAGAGAGGAGAAGUAAACAUCACACCUCCUGUAGUAUAUAGACUGUUACUGAUCUGGUGACCACAGAGAGAAGUAAACAUCACACCUCCUGUAGUAUAUAGACUAUUACUGAUCUGGUGACCACAGAGAGAAGUAAACAUGACACCUCCUGUAGUAUAUAGACUAUUACUGAUCUGGUGACCACAGAGAGAAGUAAACAUCAAACCUCCUGUAGUAUAUAGACUAUUACUGAUCUGGUGACCACAGAGAGGAGAAGUAAACAUCACACCUCCUGUAGUAUAUAGACUAUUACUGAUCUGGUGACCACAGAGAGAAGUAAACAUCAAACCUCCUGUAGUAUAUAGACUAUUACUGAUCUGGUGACCACAGAGAGAAGUAAACAUCACACCUCCUGUAGUAUAUAGACUGUUACUGAUCUGGUGACCACAGAGAGAAGUAAACAUCACACCUCCUGUAGUAUAUAGACUAUUACUGAUCUGGUGACCACAGAGAGAAGUAAACAUCACACCUCCUGUAGUAUAUAGACUAUUACUGAUCUGGUGACCACAGAGAGAAGUAAACAUCACACCUCCUGUAGUAUAUAGACUAUUACUGGUCUGGUGACCACAGAGAGGAGAAGUAAACAUCACACCUCCUGUAGUAUAUAGACUAUUACUGAUCUGGUGACCACAGAGAGAAGAAGUAAACAUCACACCUCCUGUAGUAUAUAGACUAUUACUGGUCUGGUGACCACAGAGAGGAGAAGUAAACAUCACACCUCCUGUAGUAUAUAGACUAUUACUGGUCUGGUGACCACAGAGAGAAGAAGUAAACAUCACACCUCCUGUAGUAUAUAGACUAUUACUGAUCUGGUGACCACAGAGAGAAGUAAACAUCACACCUCCUGUAGUAUAUAGACUAUUACUGAUCUGGUGACCACAGAGAGGAGAAGUAAACAUCACACCUCCUGUAGUAUAUAGACUAUUACUGAUCUGGUGACCACAGAGAGGAGAAGUAAACAUCACACCUCCUGUAGUAUAUAGACUAUUACUGAUCUGGUGACCACAGAGAGGAGAAGUAAACAUCACACCUCCUGUAGUAUAUAGACUGUUACUGAUCUGGUGACCACAGAGAGAAGUAAACAUCACACCUCCUGUAGUAUAUAGACUAUUACUGAUCUGGUGACCACAGAGAGAAGUAAACAUCACACCUCCUGUAGUAUAUAGACUAUUACUGAUCUGGUGACCACAGAGAGGAGAAGUAAACAUCACACCUCCCUGUAGUAUAUAGACUAUUACUGAUCUGGUGACCACAGAGAGAAGUAAACAUCACACCUCCUGUAGUAUAUAGACUAUUACUGGUCUGGUGACCACAGAGAGAAGUAAACAUCACACCUCCUGUAGUAUAUAGACUAUUACUGAUCUGGUGACCACAGAGAGAAGUAAACAUCACACCUCCUGUAGUAUAUAGACAAUUACUGGUCUGGUGACCACAGAGAGAAGUAAACAUCACACCUCCUGUAGUAUAUAGACUAUUACUGGUCUGGUGACCACAGAGAGAAGUAAACAUCACACCUCCUGUAGUAUAUAGACUGUUACUGGUCUGGUGACCACAGAGAGAAGUAAACAUCACACCUCCUGUAGUAUAUAGACUAUUACUGGUCUGGUGACCACAGAGAGAAGUAAACAUCACACCUCCUGUAGUAUAUAUACUGUUACUGAUCUGGUGACCACAGAGAGAAAAGUAAACAUCACACCUCCUGUAGUAUAUAGACUGUUACUGAUCUGGUGACCACAGAGAGGAGAAGUAAACAUCACACCUCCUGUAGUAUAUAUACUGUUACUGAUCUGGUGACCACAGAGAGGAAAAGUAAACAUCACACCUCCUGUAGUAUAUAUACUGUUACUGAUCUGGUGACCACAGAGAGGAAAAGUAAACAUCACACCUCCUGUAGUAUAUAGACUAUUACUGAUCUGGUGACCACAGAGAGAAGUAAACAUCACACCUCCUGUAGUAUAUAGACUAUUACUGAUCUGGUGACCACAGAGAGGAGAAGUAAACAUCACACCUCCUGUAGUAUAUAGACUAUUACUGAUCUGGUGACCACAGAGAGGAGUAAACAUCAAACCCCCUGUAGUAUAUAGACUAUUACUGAUCUGGUGACCACAGAGAGGAAGUAAACAUCACACCUCCUGUAGUAUAUAGACUAUUACUGAUCUGGUGACCACAGAGAGAAGUAAACAUCACACCUCCUGUAGUAUAUAGACUAUUACUGAUCUGGUGACCACAGAGAGAAGUAAACAUCACACCUCCUGUAGUAUAUAGACUAUUACUGAUCUGGUGACCACAGAGAGGAGUAAACAUCACACCUCCUGUAGUAUAUAGACUAUUACUGAUCUGGUGACCACAGAGAGAAGUAAACAUCACACCUCCUGUAGUAUAUAGACUAUUACUGAUCUGGUGACCAUAGAGAGAAGUAAACAUCACACCUCCUGUAGUAUAUAGACUAUUACUGAUCUGGUGACCACAGAGAGAAGUAAACAUGACACCUCCUGUAGUAUAUAGACUAUUACUGAUCUGGUGACCACAGAGAGAAGUAAACAUCACACCUCCUGUAGUAUAUAGACAAUUACUGGUCUGGUGACCACAGAGAGAAGUAAACAUGACACCUCCUGUAGUAUAUAGACUAUUACUGAUCUGGUGACCACAGAGAGAAGUAAACAUCACACCUCCUGUAGUAUAUAGACUAUUACUGAUCUGGUGACCACAGAGAGGAGUAAACAUCACACCUCCUGUAGUAUAUAGACUGUUACUGAUCUGGUGACCACAGAGAGAAGUAAACAUCACACCUCCUGUAGUAUAUAGACUAUUACUGAUCUGGUGACCACAGAGAGAAGUAAACAUGACACCUCCUGUAGUAUAUAGACUAUUACUGAUCUGGUGACCACAGAGAGAAGUAAACAUCACACCUCCUGUAGUAUAUAGACAAUUACUGGUCUGGUGACCACAGAGGAGAAGUAAACAUGACACCUCCUGUAGUAUAUAGACUAUUACUGAUCUGGUGACCACAGAGAGAAGUAAACAUCACACCUCCUGUAGUAUAUAGACUAUUACUGAUCUGGUGACCACAGAGAGGAGUAAACAUCACACCUCCUGUAGUAUAUAGACUGUUACUGAUCUGGUGACCACAGAGAGAAGUAAACAUCACACCUCCUGUAGUAUAUAGACUAUUACUGAUCUGGUGACCACAGAGAGGAGAAGUAAACAUCACACCUCCUGUAGUAUAUAGACUGUUACUGAUCUGGUGACCACAGAGAGGAGAAGUAAACAUCACACCUCCUGUAGUAUAUAGACUGUUACUGAUCUGGUGACCACAGAGAGGAGAAGUAAACAUCACACCUCCUGUAGUAUAUAGACUAUUACUGAUCUGGUGACCACAGAGAGGAGAAGUAAACAUCACACCUCCUGUAGUAUAUAGACUAUUACUGAUCUGGUGACCACAGAGAGAAGUAAACAUCACACCUCCUGUAGUAUAUAGACUAUUACUGAUCUGGUGACCACAGAGAGGAGAAGUAAACAUCACACCUCCUGUAGUAUAUAGACUAUUACUGAUCUGGUGACCACAGAGAGGAGAAGUAAACAUCACACCUCCUGUAGUAUAUAGACUAUUACUGAUCUGGUGACCACAGAGAGGAGAAGUAAACAUCACACCUCCUGUAGUAUAUAGACUGUUACUGAUCUGGUGACCACAGAGAGGAGUAAACAUCACACCUCCUGUAGUAUAUAGACUAUUACUGAUCUGGUGACCACAGAGAGAAGUAAACAUCACACCUCCUGUAGUAUAUAGACUAUUACUGAUCUGGUGACCACAGAGAGGAGUAAACAUCACACCUCCUGUAGUAUAUAGACUAUUACUGAUCUGGUGACCACAGAGAGGAGAAGUAAACAUCACACCUCCUGUAGUAUAUAUACUGUUACUGAUCUGGUGACCACAGAGAGGAAAAGUAAACAUCACACCUCCUGUAGUAUAUAGACUAUUACUGAUCUAGUGACCACAGAGAGAAGUAAACAUCACACCUCCUGUAGUAUAUAGACUAUUACUGAUCUGGUGACCACAGAGAGAAGUAAACAUCACACCUCCUGUAGUAUAUAGACUAUUACUGAUCUGGUGACCACAGAGAGAAGUAAACAUCACACCUCCUGUAGUAUAUAGACUAUUACUGGUCUGGUGACCACAGAGAGAAGUAAACAUCACACCUCCUGUAGUAUAUAGACUAUUACUGAUCUGGUGACCACAGAGAGAGGUAAACAUGACACCUCCUGUAGUAUAUAGACUAUUACUGAUCUGGUGACCACAGAGAGGAGAAGUAAACAUCACACCUCCUGUAGUAUAUAGACUAUUACUGAUCUAGUGACCACAGAGAGAAGUAAACAUCACACCUCCUGUAGUAUAUAGACUAUUACUGAUCUGGUGACCACAGAGAGAAGUAAACAUCAAACCUCCUGUAGUAUAUAGACUAUUACUGAUCUGGUGACCACAGAGAGGAGAAGUAAACAUCACACCUCCUGUAGUAUAUAGACUAUUACUAAUCUGGUGACCACAGAGAGAAGUAAACAUCAAACCUCCUGUAGUAUAUAGACUAUUACUGAUCUGGUGACCACAGAGAGGAGAAGUAAACAUCACACCUCCUGUAGUAUAUAGACUAUUACAGAUCUGGUGACCACAGAGAGGAGAAGUAAACAUCACACCUCCUGUAGUAUAUAGACUAUUACUGAUCUGGUGACCACAGAGAGGAGAAGUAAACAUCACACCUCCUGUAGUAUAUAGACUAUUACUGAUCUGGUGACCACAGAGAGAAGUAAACAUCACACCUCCUGUAGUAUAUAGACUAUUACUGAUCUGGUGACCAUAGAGAGAAGUAAACAUCACACCUCCUGUAGUAUAUAGACUGUUACUGGUCUGGUGACCACAGAGAGAAGUAAACAUCACACCUCCUGUAGUAUAUAGACUGUUACUGAUCUGGUGACCACAGAGAGAAGUAAACAUCACACCUCCUGUAGUAUAUAGACUAUUACUGAUCUGGUGACCACAGAGAGAGGUAAACAUCACACCUCCUGUAGUAUAUAGACUAUUACUGAUCUGGUGACCACAGAGAGAAGUAAACAUCAAACCCCCUGUAGUAUAUAGACUAUUACUGAUCUGGUGACCACAGAGAGAAGUAAACAUCAAACCCCCUGUAGUAUAUAGACUAUUACUGAUCUGGUGACCACAGAGAGAAGUAAACAUCACACCUCCUGUAGUAUAUAGACUGUUACUGAUCUGGUGACCACAGAGAGGAGAAGUAAACAUCACACCUCCUGUAGUAUAUAUACUGUUACUGAUCUGGUGACCACAGAGAGGAGAAGUAAACAUCACACCUCCUGUAGUAUAUAGACUGUUACUGAUCUGGUGACCACAGAGAGAAGUAAACAUCAAACCCCCUGUAGUAUAUAGACUAUUACUGAUCUGGUGACCACAGAGAGAAGUAAACAUCAAACCCCCUGUAGUAUAUAGACUAUUACUGAUCUGGUGACCACAGAGAGAAGUAAACAUCACAUCUCCUGUAGUAUAUAGACUAUUACUGAUCUGGUGACCACAGAGAGGAGAAGUAAACAUCACACCUCCUGUAGUAUAUAGACUGUUACUGAUCUGGUGACCACAGAGAGGAGAAGUAAACAUCACACCUCCUGUAGUAUAUAGACUAUUACUGAUCUGGUGACCACAGAGAGGAGAAGUAAACAUCACACCUCCUGUAGUAUAUAGACUAUUACUGAUCUGGUGACCACAGAGAGAAGUAAACAUCAAACCCCCUGUAGUAUAUAGACUAUUACUGAUCUGGUGACCACAGAGAGAAGUAAACAUCACACCUCCUGUAGUAUAUAGACUGUUACUGAUCUGGUGACCACAGAGAGAAGUAAACAUCACACCUCCUGUAGUAUAUAGACUAUUACUGAUCUGGUGACCACAGAGAGAAGUAAACAUCACACCUCCUGUAGUAUAUAGACUAUUACUGAUCUGGUUACCACAGAGAGGAGAAGUAAACAUCACACCUCCUGUAGUAUAUAGACUGUUACUGAUCUGGUGACCACAGAGAGGAGAAGUAAACAUCACACCUCCUGUAGUAUAUAGACUAUUACUGAUCUAGUGACCACAGAGAGGAGAAGUAAACAUCACACCUCCUGUAGUAUAUAGACUGUUACUGAUCUGGUGACCACAGAGAGGAGAAGUAAACAUCACACCUCCUGUAGUAUAUAGACUAUUACUGAUCUGGUGACCACAGAGAGAAGUAAACAUCACACCCCCUGUAGUAUAUAGACUGUUACUGAUCUGGUGACCACAGAGAGAAGUAAACAUCACACCUCCUGUAGUAUAUAGACUGUUACUGAUCUGGUGACCACAGAGAGGAGAAGUAAACAUCACACCUCCUGUAGUAUAUAGACUAUUACUGAUCUGGUGACCACAGAGAGAAGUAAACAUCACACCUCCUGUAGUAUAUAGACUAUUACUGAUCUGGUGACCACAGAGAGAAGUAAACAUCACACCUCCUGUAGUAUAUAGACUAUUACUGAUCUGGUGACCACAGAGAGAAGUAAACAUCACACCUCCUGUAGUAUAUAGACUAUUACUGAUCUGGUGACCACAGAGAGAAGUAAACAUCAAACCUCCUGUAGUAUAUAGACUAUUACUGAUCUAGUGACCACAGAGAGAAGUAAACAUCACACCUCCUGUAGUAUAUAGACUAUUACUGAUCUGGUGACCACAGAGAGAAGUAAACAUCACACCUCCUGUAGUAUAUAGACUAUUACUGAUCUGGUGACCACAGAGAGGAGAAGUAAACAUCACACCUCCUGUAGUAUAUAGACUGUUACUGAUCUGGUGACCACAGAGAGGAGAAGUAAACAUCACACCUCCUGUAGUAUAUAGACUAUUACUGAUCUAGUGACCACAGAGAGGAGAAGUAAACAUCACACCUCCUGUAGUAUAUAGACUGUUACUGAUCUGGUGACCACAGAGAGGAGAAGUAAACAUCACACCUCCUGUAGUAUAUAGACUAUUACUGAUCUGGUGACCACAGAGAGAAGUAAACAUCACACCUCCUGUAGUAUAUAGACUGUUACUGAUCUGGUGACCACAGAGAGAAGUAAACAUCACACCUCCUGUAGUAUAUAGACUAUUACUGAUCUGGUGACCACAGAGAGAAGUAAACAUCACACCUCCUGUAGUAUAUAGACUAUUACUGAUCUGGUGACCACAGAGAGGAGUAAACAUCACACCUCCUGUAGUAUAUAGACUAUUACUGAUCUGGUGACCACAGAGAGAAGUAAACAUCACACCUCCUGUAGUAUAUAGACUAUUACUGGUCUGGUGACCACAGAGAGAAGUAAACAUCACACCUCCUGUAGUAUAUAGACUAUUACUGAUCUGGUGACCACAGAGAGAAGUAAACAUCACACCUCCUGUAGUAUAUAGACUAUUACUGAUCUGGUGACCACAGAGAGGAGUAAACAUCACACCUCCUGUAGUAUAUAGACUAUUACUGAUCUGGUGACCACAGAGAGAAGUAAACAUCACACCUCCUGUAGUAUAUAGACUAUUACUGAUCUGGUGACCACAGAGAGAAGUAAACAUCACACCUCCUGUAGUAUAUAGACUAUUACUGAUCUGGUGACCACAGAGAGGAGAAGUAAACAUCACACCUCCUGUAGUAUAUAGACUAUUACUGGUCUGGUGACCACAGAGAGAAGUAAACAUCACACCUCCUGUAGUAUAUAGACUAUUACUGGUCUGGUGACCACAGAGAGAAGUAAACCUCACACCUCCUGUAGUAUAUAGACUGUUACUGAUCUGGUGACCACAGAGAGGAGUAAACAUCACACCUCCUGUAGUAUAUAGACUGUUACUGAUCUGGUGACCACAGAGAGGAGAAGUAAACCUCACACCUCCUGUAGUAUAUAGACUAUUACUGAUCUGGUGACCACAGAGAGAAGUAAACAUCACACCUCCUGUAGUAUAUAGACUAUUACUGAUCUGGUGACCACAGAGAGAAGUAAACAUCACACCUCCUGUAGUAUAUAGACUAUUACUGAUCUGGUGACCACAGAGAGGAGAAGUAAACAUCACACCUCCUGUAGUAUAUAGACUAUUACUGGUCUGGUGACCACAGAGAGAAGUAAACCUCACACCUCCUGUAGUAUAUAGACUGUUACUGAUCUGGUGACCACAGAGAGGAGUAAACAUCACACCUCCUGUAGUAUAUAGACUGUUACUGAUCUGGUGACCACAGAGAGGAGAAGUAAACCUCACACCUCCUGUAGUAUAUAGACUAUUACUGAUCUGGUGACCACAGAGAGAAGUAAACAUCACACCUCCUGUAGUAUAUAGACUAAUACUGAUCUGGUGACCACAGAGAGGAGAAAUGUCCUUUAAAUGUUACAUUUGUGUCACAUCCAGAUUUUCUCAGCCCUGGUCACCCAUCGAGGUUACAGAACAUAGGUUUGAUUUGAUUGUAGGAGAAUUCUGAAGCUUACAAUGACCUUUUACAAAACUAAAUAGUGCAGACAGCUGAGCAUAACUUCACCACAUGACUCCUGUAAAACAGUUUCAUUUAUUACACAAAAAGGAAAGCUCUGCAGCAGAAUUGCACACAAGUUCCCAAUGCCCUUGGUCAUAACAAGAUAUAAUGUAACAGGACUAGUUUAUGCUUUUAUACCAGCUUAUUAACACUUGCAGCUCUGAUCAUGUGACUAGCAAUAGGUUUUGAUAUAUUUGCCCUCUUCUGGUAAUAAAGUUUAUUUUUGCCACAAGUUAGAAAUGUUUCCUAAGAGAUAGAGGCUGUAAAUAUGUACAUUUGACUUGUAAAGAAUAUGUAUGUUAUCUUGUAUAGAAAAAAUAAUUUAACUAUUGAGAGGAUGGGAAAAGAUUAUAGAAGUUGGAGAACAAAAUGUUUCUGAAGUUAAUUUUAAUGAAGGAAUUUCCGUUAGGGCUUCAAUGGAAGAGCAGAGCACAAUAGAAUAUCACUGUUCACUAUUUUAUUAAUGUUUUAACUUUGUUUUUAAGCCACAGUAUUUAGUUUGCUACAAACUGGUUCAUUCACAGGUUUGCGACUAUUGUUAAGACAUCAUACUUCACUUCACGAGUUGCAUUGUGUGUUCCUAUUGCAGUGCAUUAUAUUUUGAGUCAUAAUAAAUAGAGCAUUGAUAUCG